AUGAGUUGUUUCUUGGGUCCAUCGAUGAACAAUAAAACUAGAGAAAAUGAAGGAUCAUCUAUGGCUGCUCCUUAUCAGCAACAAAUAACAACACGAGAUGUGGUGGCAAUGAACAAAGAAUCAACGAACAACAUAGAGGCAGAGUGUUUCACGUUUCGCGAAUUAGCAACCAGCUUCAGGCAAGAGUUCUUGACUGGAGAAGGAGGGUUCGGGAGGGUUUACAAAGGAAAGUUAGAGAAGACAGGACAGGUGGUGGCUGUGAAGCAACUUGAUCGUAAUGGAUUACAAGGGAAUAGAGAGUUUCUUGAAGAGAUCUUUAGGUUGAGUCUUCUUCAUCAUCCCAAUCUUGCCAAUCUGAUUGGAUAUUGCCUUGAUGGAGACCAAAGACUUCUUGUUUACGAGUUCAUGCCUCUUGGUUCCCUUGAAGAUCAUCUCCUUGAUGUUGGAGUUGAACAACAACCAUUGGAUUGGAACUCUCGGAUAAGGAUUGCCUUAGGAGCCGCGAAAGGGCUUGAGUAUCUCCACGAAAAGGCGAAUCCUCCAGUUAUAUAUCGAGAUUUCAAGUCGUCGAAUAUAUUGCUUGAUGAAGAUUUUGAUGCAAAACUAUCCGAUUUUGGUUUGGCAAAACUUGGUUCGGUUGGUGACACACAAAAUGUAUCUUCCCGAGUUCUUGGAACUUACGGUUAUUGCGCUCCCGAGUAUCAGAAAACUGGUCAGCUAACGGUUAAAUCCGAUGUUUAUAGUUUUGGAAUUGUGUUGUUGGAACUCAUUACCGGUAGACGAGUUAUCGAUACAACGAGGCCAAGUCGUGAACAAAAUCUGGUUACUUGGGCACAACCGAUAUUCAGAGAUCCGAAUCGAUUCCCGGAGCUAGCAGAUCCACUUCUCCAAGGCGAGUUCCCGGAAAAAUGUUUGAACCAAGCUGUAGCAGUGGCGGCAAUGUGUUUGCAAGAAGAACCAAUAGUUCGACCAUUAAUGAGUGAUAUUGUCACCACCUUAAGUUUUAUGAGUGAAAAAACGGAUUCACCUACCGUCCUUAACCAUUUUCAUCCUUCCUUUGGUAAGACCGUGGAGGACCAAGGCGUGUUUCAACGUGAGUUAGCUCCAAGGGAUAUGUACUCGUUACUAUAA